UAUACCGACAAACAGGAACACAAAAGAUACAAGUCACGUGAUUAGAAAUUACUUCCUUAUCGAGGGAAAUGUUGUGAGGUUUUGUGGUUUUGUUACGCGAUGGAGGAUAGACUGAUACAGCUUCAAACCAACUUAAAUAAGUUCAUCAACCAUGUGGACGAUCUCACGAAUGAGGAGGACCCGGCAGGGAAUGGCUUCCACCGGGAGUAUAGGGAUCUACGUGAAAAGGCAGCACAAGACAAAGAGAAAAAAACUUUCCCUGCAGAGUAUGGAAGGGAGCCUUUCAACAUGAAGAAAAACAGAUACAAGGACAUCAUUGCCUUUGACUACUCCCGAGUGAUACUGCAGGAAACCGGUGUGGAUGGAUCAGAUUACAUCAACGCUAACCUCAUCCAGGACCCCUAUAAUAAUGACGGCUACAUCGCAACCCAGGGUCCACUGCCUCACACUGUAGAUGACUUCUGGAGGAUGAUCAUGGAAAAAAAGGUCAAGGUGGUCAUUAUGGCCUGUAAGCUGGUAGAGGGUAACAAGAAAAAAUGUGCGGUGUAUUGGCCAGAGACUGUUGGAGAGGAGGAAAGUUACGGGAACGUCACUGUCAAAAUGACAAAUGAAAGCGAUAUGAAGGAAGACUGUACAGUGCGUGUGUUCGAGGCAUCCUAUGGUGACCAGUUCCACAAGGUCACACAAUACCACUACACAGGCUGGCCGGACCAUGGUAUCCCAGAGGACCGCGAAGUUAUCCUCACCAUGAUUGCGAACAUGCGAGAUAUUCGUGAAAAUGACCCAGCAAAGGCCCCUAUAUUAGUCCACUGCAGUGCUGGCUGUGGAAGAACUGGAACAGUCUGUGCUAUUGACUAUGCCUGGGGGAUUCUAAAGGGUGGGAAAUUGACGCGAGACUUCAGCAUGUAUAAUAUUGUUGAGACGAUGAGAACAGAAAGACAGUCCAUGAUUCAAACACCAGACCAGUAUGAGAUGGCACAUUUGGCUGUGAGAGAUUUGUUCCAGAAACAUUUGGAAAUCAUGGAAGAAAACAUAUAUAUGAACGUUGGAGGCAUUGAUGAAGAGCAAGAUGCCUUGGAUAGCCUAAAUAUGGUGACUCAAGAUGAUGACUUUGAAGAUGAGGACACUUACAGUUUUGCUUCAGCAACUAAAGUUCUACAGGACAGUGUACAAGAUACUGUUAACAGUUACACCAAUGAAGAGGAGAUUUCUGACAGUGUUUCUCAACCCACAGAUAAACCAUCUCCAAAAAAACCAUCCGUCCCAAUUACAAAUAAACCUGCCCUUCCCACAGAUAAGCCACCACUUCCUUCAAAAAAUUAUCAUGCUACGCCUGAUAAUGAAACAAAACCAGUUAUUAAAAAUAAGUAUCAGAAUGUGGCUAUGGCAGGUGCUCCCUAUGAGAAUUUUGAUUUAGUGACGGUGGAGGAAAAACAAGAAAGUUCCUUCCUACCGAAAUCUACACCACCAGGAGACAGAAAAUUUUCGCCGAAGACAGCAAAAAAACUCUCACCACCUUCUUCUCCAUUUGAAAAAAAGGCAAGUGGUCCUAUAUUUACAGAUGAAAAAACAGACACUCCUGUGUUAACAGGUAAAAAGAAAGAUAGCCCUGUAUCAACGAAGAAAAUGACUGAGAGGCCUGUUGUGACAGAUACCUCUGGUAGCUCUGUUUAUUCCAUGGCUGGUCCAGCUUCCUCUGGGCCUAUGUUUGCUACUUCUGGACAUGUGCCUAAACAAUCAGGACUUAUAUGGUCAUCAGCACAACCAAACGCAGAAACAAAGCCAGUUAGCACUGAACCACCUAAACUACCUAAGGCAGAGACAAAACCAAUUAGCACCGAACCAACAUCAGCUAAACUACCAAAGGAAGAUAAGUUAAUACCACAAUCUGUUCAAAGUGUCAAAACAACAAGUGUGCCUUCAGCUGAGACAAAAGCCCCAACUAUCAGCAAUGGCAAACAUGUAACAAAGAUCACAGUGGGAGGGUCAAAGACACCUACUCCAAAGAAUAAAACAGUUACCGAGCCUAACAACAAUUUGUACUCAGUAGCAUCUAACCCCAGAGAUCAAAAACAAAGUGGGCCGCAGUUCUCAGCCAAUACUGGAGGGGACGUUUACUCUCUUGUUCAGAAAGAUAAGAAAACAUCUUCCCCUCUUCGAUCAAGUCAAGGUCCAUCAAAACCAUCUCGUGCUUCACAGCAGGAUGUAUAUUCACAAGUUAGUCACACCCCUGAGGCUGUCUUUCAAGGCCAUAUCCUGGGCGGGGAUGGGUCCUACUCGGAUGUGGUGUUAGGACAGCCAGCAAAAGUAGAGGACAGCGUAUACUCCUAUGUGUCUGUUGAUCCUUCCUCGCCUCAAGAUUCUGCCCCACCAGACAUCCCGAAUCGAGGCUACAUUGACCCCCCUCGAGAACCCCCACCCAGAGGUCCAGCCCAAACAGAUACCCACGGCAUGACACUUAACAAAGGUUCAACUCUUGAUCAGAAUCGGUUUAAGGGUUUGAUAACUAAGCAAUUUGACACAUUAAACAAAAUGAUUAAGGGAGGAACUUCAGAACACCAAUACACAGAUACAAGCAAUAUCAAAGGAUUCCAUGAGAGAAUAGGACAAAAACCCAUGGGAAAGAAAGAGGAACCAUCAGGAUGGAAGAAGAUGUUUAAAAGUAAAUAAUCUUUAACCGACCUACUAUUACAAGUCUUUCAAAUCCAUGUGUUUAUUAUAUACAAAAUCUUGACAUUGUGAAUGGUGUUUUGAAAUAAGUGUAUUUUUCUAUUGUGUUUGUGAAACUUAUGUUACUUUCGGCUCUAUGCAUAACGUUUUUUCAGUAUUGAGAUGAGAAACUCAGUGCUAUACACAUGACAUGUUUUUUCAGUAUUGAGAUGAGAAACUCAGUGCUAUACACAUGACAUGUUUUUACUAUUAACAUGAGAAUCAUAUGAGAAUCAAAUCAUUUAUACAUAACAUGUUCAUUUUUAUUUGUGAUAUUUUUUGUUUUUGUUUGUAAACAAAUAUAAUGGUUUUUCAUUCUAAUUUCGAUUAAUCGUGCUUUAUCUCCCUUUGUAAUGCCUUGUUAUGUGGUUAUCUCCCUUUAUAUAACCCACAUGUGCUUAAUUAUUAAGUAAUGAACCAUAAAAAUCAAUACAUCUUGAGAUUUUUCUUGUGAGCACUGAAUAUUUCUGCCUUGUUGGAAUGAUCCAGAGAUGUUGGAUUGUAGCUACAUAUGUAGAUUGACCACCACAUCAAUAAUAUAGUAAACACAAUAUGGUCAUGUUUACUGAUGUGUAGCUACAUAUGUAGAUUGACCACCCCAUUAAUAGUAUAGUAAAAACAAUAUUGUCAUGUUUACUGGUGUGUAGCUACAUAUGCAGAUUGACCACCACAUCAAUAAUAUAGUAAACACAAUAUGGUCAUGUUUACUGGUGUGUAGCUACAUAUGUAGAUUGACCACCACAUCAAUAGUAUAGUAAAAACAAUAUGGUCAUGUUUACUGGUGUGUAGCUACAUAUGUAGAUUGACCACCCCAUCAAUAGUAUACGUAAAAACAAUAUGGUCAUGUUUACUGGUGUGUAGCUACAUAUGUAGAUUGACCAACACAAUAGUAUAGUAAAAACAAUAUGGUCAUGUUUACUGGUGUGUAGC